AUGGGACGGUCGUCGCGAGACCAAGAGAUGCAGACCAGCUCUGGGUUUCAUGGUCGAGCCAUCAUGUCGCAGAGCAGCAGGGAAGAUAGCAUUGGCCAGGACAAGAAGGCCGAUACAGAUAUCGAACCGGAAGCUUCUGUCAGAGGCUCGGAGGAUGUAGAAGCUGCUGCUGUCCCGACUAAACCAUGGGCAGCAGCCUCUCCUCCCCCUCCCGCCCUGUCAGAUGUCCCCGACGGCGGUCUCGACGCCUGGCUGCAGGUUCUCGGAUCCUGGGUCAUCAUGGUCAAUACCUGGGGCCUGGUCAACAGUUACGGGGUGUACCAGACCUACUACGAGACGGUACUGCUCCCCUCCCAGACCUCGUCGGCCAUCUCGUGGAUGGGCUCCCUCCAGGCCGCCCUCCUCAUGGUGCUGGGCGUCGUCUCGGGCCCGCUCUACGACGCCGGCCACCUCAAGCUGCUCGUCCGCGCGGGCCUCUUCCUCAUCGUCCUCGGCAUGUUCAUGACCUCGCUGUGCCGGGCGUACUGGCAGGUGCUCCUGGCGCAGGGGUUCUGCGUCGGCGUCGGCAUGGGCCUCGUCUUCCUGCCCUCGACGGCCGUCAUAUCGCAGUACUUCCGCCGGCACCGCGCCCUGGCCCUCGGCAUCGCCUCGAGCGGCAGCCCCGUCGUGGGCAUGGUCUUCCCCAUCAUCUUCACACACCUCGUGGGCUCCGUCGGCUUCGGCUGGGCCACGCGCGUCAUCGCCUUCAUCCUGCUCGGCCUCGACGUCAUCCCCGUCAUCUUUAUGCACCCGCGCAUAGCAACAACAACGACAGCAACAACGCCGCAGCACUCACCACUGCCCGAACCGGCGGAGACACCACAGCAGCAGCAGCAGCAGCAAGAGAAGAAGAAGCUGCCCCCAAAAAGAAGACCCCGCUUCGACCCCUCCGCCCUCCGCGACGUGCCCUACCUCCUCAUCGCCGCCGCCAGCUUCUUCGCCUUCCUGACCCUCUACGUCGCCUUCUUCUACAUCCAGCUGUACGCCGAGCAGCUGGCCCGCGCCGACUCCCACCCGCCGCCGUCCUUGGCGCCCUACCUCGUCACCCUGCUCAACGCGGGCAGCGUCGUGGGCCGCAUCCUGCCCAACGCCCUGGCCGACCGCGCCGGCAGCCUCAACGUCCUGCUGGCCUGCACCGGCGCCAGCGCGGCCCUCGCCUACGCCUGGCUCGGCACGCGCGGCCUGGGCGGGCUCGCGGCCUUCGCCCUGCUCUACGGCGGCUUCUCGGGCGGCGUGCUGUCGGUGCUGCCCAGCGUCGUCAUGGCCAUGACGCCCGACCUGAGCCGCCUCGGCGCGCGCAUGGCCGUCCUGUUCCUCCUCGGCGGGCUGUCGGUGCUCUGCGGCACGCCCAUCGCCGGCGCGGUGCUGGGCGGCGCCAGCGAGGCCGAGUGGAAGGGCAUGAUCGGGUACAGCGCUGCGGGGUUGACCGUCGCCACGGUGCUGCUUUGUGUAUCGCGGGCUAUAUUGUACAGGAAGACUGGCAAGAUAAGGCAGUGA